UCAACGACAAAGAGAAAAGAUGAAAAAAAUACAUUUUAAGUCUCCUCCGAUGAGAUCAUCUGCUUCUCCCAAUGAUGAGAAUGAUAGACCCAAUCUGCAAAGGGAUUUGAAUUUGCAGAAACCGAUGAAACAAAAUGUGAAGACUUCCAGUUUUCCAAGAAAGAAAGUCUUGGGUGAAAGAAAUGAAUCUCCAGGAUCAAAUUCCUCCAUUACCCAUUUUUCCAAAUCCCCAAAUCUUGAUUCAAACCCCUCGCCAAAGAUCAUUUCAAAGAAUUCCCCAAAUCUUGAUCCCAAAGUCGUUUCUAAAGAGCCUGUCUCCCACAAGACACCGUUGUCGAACAGUUCCAGGGAUGGGACACCCUCACCGAGUCCUUACGACCCAUUGAAGAAUUACCUUUCACCAAGGCCUCAAUUCUUAAGGUAUAAUCCCGAAAGGCGAAAGGAGAUAUUUUUACGCCUUGAAAUGGAAGACAAAGAAGGGGAUGAUCCCACUGUUGAAUCUGAUGAAGCCGACGCUGUUUCUGGUGACAGUUCUUUGGCCUCUUCUUCUAAAGAAGAUGAAGAAUUCGGCGCCGAAAGUGAGAGUCUUUCGGAGAAUGAAGAUGAAGAAUUCGAAGAGGGAGAGGAUGAAGCAGCAUGGAGUCUGGGAGGAGUGUUGAAAUAUUUCCUUUUGUCGGUUGUGUUAUUACUGAGUACAUCACAUAUUUCCUCCAUGAAUUCCCCCGUCUCUGCUCCAGCUUUUGAGGUUCAUGCACUUGGUUUUCAAAACCAUUCAUUUGGAAUAGCUGAGGGUUUUGGGUAUAAGUUCUUGGAUGGAAAAAAAGAGCAAUUGGGUUUAUUGAGCAUCACCCAAACUAUGGAAGAUGAGGUAAUUGAGGAGGAAAAGGCUAACUUGGGACACGUAGUUAGCUUGGAGAUAGAUAAUACAGUUGUCGAAUCUGAAGAGAUGGUUGAAGAAGCUUCUGAGGAAUUUGAAGAGAACAUUGAGUUACUAGAGAUGGAAGAAACUGAGAUAAAGGGACACGUAGUUAGCUUGGAGAUAGAGAAUACAGUUGUCGAAUCUGAAGAGAUGGUUGAAGAAGCUUCUGAGGAAUUUGCAGAGAACAUUGAGUUACUAGAGAUGGAAGAAACCGAGAUAAAAAGUGUAGAAAAGAUUGAAGAUGAAUCGGAGAAAUUUGAGUUGCAGGAGAUGGGAGAAACUGAGGAGCAGAUUGAAGAAACCCAAGAUGUAGAUGAAGACAUUGAAUCCUUACAAGUUGAUCAUCAGGCAAGUCUUUUUUCUGAAGGAACAGAAUCUUCAGAGGAAAUCAGGGAGGUUCCAAAGGAGGAAGAUGAAGAUCUUCACAAGGAAACCAGUGAUACCGACAUGGUUCAAGUUAUAAUAUUGCAAAUCAGUAUGCUGCAGAAGUGGGGAAAAUCCAUUGUUCUUAACAUGAGAAAGGGAAUUGCACCAAAGCCGUCUUCUUCUCCGGUCGAUAAGCAUUCGAUCAAACCAAUUGUGAAGGAGAAGAAGGCAAGUUUGCCACUUCCUGCAGAUGAUCCAAUAAAGCUUGCUGUUUCCAACACCAUGCCGUUGAUUAGUACUACCUCUGCAGUUAGGAGCCGAGCACCUUCAGUUGAGUUGCUGACUGAAUUUGACUUUGGUGAAAUAAGUAGAUCAGUUAGAAGUUCUGCUAUAAACAGAAGAAUGAAAGAUCAAGUGAGCAGCUAUUCUUAUUUCUCAGAAAAGGAUUUGGGGAGCAAGGAUCAACAAGGACACACACACCUCUCCGCUGUGAACUCCAAUUCAUCCGAAAGAUCAACGUCGACUGCCAAGAAGAAACGUUUAGGGAAAGAGUUGGGAAGCAACAACGAGGUGAUAACUCCGGUGAGACGAUCAGCCAGAAUCCAAAAUCGUGCAGACAUUGUCUCUCCAUGA